ACAGUUGUAUGCAGCAGAGCCCAGAGUGACAUUGAGACCUGCGUCCAUUACUGAAUUUAUUAUUAGUUCAUCAUUAACUUAAUUCCUCUCAGUUAAACUCUUACUGUCUGCUAAGGAUGGCACAUGAUUGGCAGGGCGGUAGAAGCGGGAGUCACCACCGAUAUGAGGAAGAUGAUGAAGAACCCCAGCCAGUGUAUAUUGGUGUUCCGUUAACACACGGUUACAGUAAAAGGAGGCGGCGUAAACACCGCUCCCAACGCGAGAAACAUCACACCCACCAUGACCAACACACACACCACGAACACACACACCAUGACCAUCAUUAUGACAACCAGGAACACUACGAAGAUGAGGAGGAGAUGGAACAACAUGACAUAUUUCACCCUGACUCCACAGUGUCCCCGGCGGCGGAGAGGCUGCGUUACAUCCUGGGUGAAGAUGAUGACUUGCCGACACCCACUCUGUUCACAGAGAUGGACACACUGCAACACGAUGGAGACGAUAUGGAGUGGAAAGAGUCUGCUAGGUGGGUGAAGUUUGAGGAGAAGGUGGAGGAGGGAGGAGAGAGGUGGAGUAAGCCCCAUGUGUCCACCUUGACCCUCCACAGUCUGUUUGAGUUGAGGACCUGUAUACAGACUGGCAGUGUACUGCUGGAUCUGGAGGGAUACUCCCUGCCAGAGAUAGUGGAUGACAUUGUGGAUCGUCAGGUAGCUGAUGGUCUGAUUGGUCCAGAGCUGAGGGAGAAAGUCAGCUUCGUGUUGCUACGGAAACAUCGCCACCAGCAUAAGAAACCCAUGCAUCGCUCACUAGCCGACAUGGGCAAAUCAAACAAUUGCCCCGCCAGCCGUAGUCCCCAGUCUGUUCAUAAUGCCAGCCGUACUAACUUCAGUCGUAGUCCUAGUUCAGCCUCUGGCCUCCAUCGUUCUACAGAAGACCUACGCGCCAAGUCAGGCAGCCUUGCCCGCCUGCAUCAUGCGCAAAGCCGAAGUAUGAACGAUAUUUCAGACACGCCAAGCACAGACCAGCUGAAGAACAAGUUCAUGAAGAAGAUUCCUCGUGAUGCCGAGGCGUCUAACGUUCUGAUUGGAGAAGUGGACUUCCUGGACAAACCAUUUGUAGCGUUCGUACGUCUGGCCCAAGCUACCACACUGGGAGGCCUGACCGAGGUCCCCGUACCUACCAGGUUUCUGUUUGUCUUGCUUGGUCCUCAUGGCAAAGGCAAGUCCUACAACGAGAUUGGUCGAGCCAUUGCUACGCUCAUGGUGGAUGACUUGUUUAGUGAUGUAGCGUAUAAAGCCCGGGACCGUGAUGACCUGAUCGCUGGGAUUGAUGAGUUUCUGGACGAGGUCAUCGUUCUGCCACCAGGGGAGUGGGACCCCAAAAUACGCAUCGAGCCCCCCAAGAAAGUCCCCUCUGCCGACAUGAGGAAGUCUGUGCUGAACCUGAACGAGCUGGGCCAGGUAAACGGGACGAUCGGGGGGGCAGGAGGAGGAGAGGACGAGGAGAUGCCCGCCCCCCACGAGCUGGGAGAGGAACUGCAAUUCACUGGCAGGUUUUGUGGAGGCCUGUGGCUGGACAUUAAGAGGAAGGUUCCGUGGAUCCUUAGUGAUUUCUCCCAAGGAUUCCACAUCCAGUCCAUCUCUGCUGUUCUGUUCAUCUACCUGGGCUGCAUCACCAACGCCAUCACCUUCGGAGGCCUGCUGGGGGACGCCACAGACAACUACCAAGGUGUGAUGGAGAGUUUCCUAGGUACAGCGUUAGCAGGUACAGUGUUUUGUCUGUUAGGAGGUCAACCUCUCAUCAUCCUCAGUUCCACUGGACCCAUCCUCAUCUUUGAGAAACUGCUCUACGAGUUCUGCAAGUCUAACACUAUAGACUAUAUGGAGCUGCGUCUGUGGAUUGGUCUCCACUCCUGUCUGCAGUGUCUGAUCCUGGUUGCCACGGACGCCAGUUACAUCAUCAAAUACAUCACGCGCUUCACUGAGGAGGGCUUCUCCAGCCUCAUCUCCUUCAUCUUCAUCUCUGAUGCUAUUAAGAAGAUGGUGGGAUCCUUCAAGUACUACCCUAUCAACCGUGGCUUCAAGCCCGACUACGUUACCUCAUACAAGUGUGAAUGUAUCGCACCAGACCAGGCCACUGCAAUGGGUUUGAAUGUUUCAGUUCCACUAGCGGACGAUAACAUGACUGAUUUGUAUAACAUAACAGGUCUGGACUGGAGUCAGCUGAGUAAGAAGGAGUGUGUGAAGUAUGGCGGCGCCCUGUUGGGAAACACCUGUAAGUACGUCCCUGACCUGGCCCUCAUGUCCUUCAUCCUGUUCUUCGGGACCUACUCCAUGACCGUCUCACUCAAGAAGUUCAAGACCAGCCGCUACUUCCCCACCAAGUGCCGCUCCCUGAUUGGUGAUUUCUCGAUCAUCAUCUCAAUCCUGGUAUUCUGUGGGAUAGACUACCUGUUAGGGCUGGAGACGCCCAAACUGCACGUGCCCACUGAAAUCAAGCUGAGGAAGCUGAUCAGUGAUUUCUCCAUCUUCAUGUCAAUCAUGACGUUUGUGGGUCUGGAUAUGCUUGUAGGGCUGGACACACCCAAACUAAUCGUACCCACAGAGUUUAAGCCGACGCGUCCAGACCGUGGCUGGUUGGUGAUGCCGUUUGGUAAGAACCCGUGGUGGGUGUACGUGGCCAGCGCUGUCCCUGCUCUCCUGGUCACCAUCCUCAUCUUCAUGGACCAACAGAUCAGCGCUGUCAUCGUCAACCGCAAAGAGAACAAACUCAAGAAAGGUUGUGGGUACCAUCUGGACCUGUUCUGGGUGGGUAUUCUGAUGGCAGUGUGUUCCUUCCUGGGCCUGCCCUGGUACGUGGCUGCCACUGUCAUCUCCAUCGCCCACAUCGACUCUCUGAAGAUGGAGAGUGAGUCCAGCGCCCCAGGAGAGCAGCCCCAGUUCCUGGGAGUCAGGGAACAGAGGUUGACGGGUAUUCUGGUGUUUGUCCUAAAUGGAGUCUCCAUCUUCCUGGCUCCUGUCCUGCAGUACAUCCCCAUGCCUGUUCUCUACGGUGUCUUCCUUUACAUGGGAGUGGCCUCACUUGCUGGAAUACAGUUCUGGGAACGUAUAAAGCUGUACCUGAUGCCAGCCAAGCACCAGCCAGACUUCUCCUUCCUGCGUCAUGUUCCUCUGAGGAGGGUUCACCUGUUCACCCUGGUCCAGAUCAUCUGCCUGGCUGUCCUCUGGAUCCUCAAGUCUACUGUCGCUGCCAUCAUCUUCCCUGUCAUGAUCCUGGGUCUGAUGGUGGUGCGUAAGAUGAUGGACCUGAUGUUCUCUCAACACGACCUGGCCUGGCUGGACGACAUCCUGCCGGAGAAAGACAAGAAGAAGGAGAAAGGGGGGAAGAAAAAGAAAGACAACAAAAAGACCAAAGCAGCAGCAGAGACAGAGAGCGACGAGGAGCCCGAGACUCCCCUCCCUCCUCCAGUGAAGAUACUCAUGGACACCAUAGACCUGCCUAAAGACCCUGAUCCCUCUGUAACCCCACCCACCCAGCCCCCCGUCUCUGACUGAGAAGAACGUUUACUCUAGUGUGAAUCCUGAUGACAGUGAGCUGGACCGCAGGUACUGUGUGCUCAAACUGCACGUCCCCUACAGUGACCUGAUACAACCUGCAAUCACACACACCGACUGAGGAGUACACUGCCAGCAGGACCACAACUACGACUACUGACGCACGCACGCACGCACACACGUACUAUGCUGACACAUUUCACUUGAAGGAUUUCCGUUGUACAACUGACUAGGUAUCCCUCUUUCCCUUUCCCUUCUGUACAAUUACUGACACAUGCUAGGGACCAUUUAGCAAAUUUCCAUUCACUAUUAGCAUUCUUUAGCACUGUUGUCACCUAAACACUUUAUACACAUUGAAUUUCAUAUAAAUAUAUACAAAUAUUCCAUAAACUGUAGAUAUGAAGUGAUAUUUAACAUGUAAACAUAUGUCUAUUAGAUUCAGUUGGAUAGUAGUUAUUGUAUUAUAAGUGUGUUAUGCAACACCUCUACUCUUAAACAUUGAACAAAUCACUGUAGUGUCUGGUAGACAUACCCAGACACAUGGAUCACAUGCCAUUCUGAACCUUAAGUCUACUGUCCGAAGCUGUUGGAGCAUAAAUCGCAGUGUGUGGACUGAGUCUUCUUUUCGUUCAACAUAUUCUCUGAGCUCCAGCACCUACUCAAAGCCACUGGAUGUUGUAUGUGUAAUGUUUUUCUCUGCUAUACUUUGGCCCUACUGUAGAUGUGUUUGUGAGGGCAGACUGACAGUUGUUCAAAUACCACAGCCCAUGUACCUGAAAGCAAUGCAGAAGUAGUUUUUGUGUGUUUGUUUGUUUUGAUGAUGUCUUCCAUGUGUUAUUUAUUCACCGUGUGCUGUGUGGUUUGUGGCAGCAACCUCUGUUGUACUAAUGUAAAGACGCCUCUGAAGCCACAGUUGGCGAAGGAAGAGUUGUAAUGUUCUAGUAAUACAAUAUUAUUAUUAUUGAAAAAAAAUUGUAUUUCACCCCCUUUUUCUCCCCAAUUUCGUGAUAUCCAAUUGCGAUCCAAUUACGAUCUUGUCUCAUCGCUGCAACUCUCCAAAGGGCUUGGUAGAGGCGAAGGUCGAGUCAUGCGUCCUCCGAAACAUGACCCGUCAAUCCGCGCUUCUAAACACCCGCCGUUUAACCCGGAAGCCAACUGCACCAAUGUGUCGGAGGAAACACCAUUCAACUGACGACCGAGGUCAGCCUGCAGGCGCCCGGCCUGCCACAAGGAGUCGCUAGAGCGCGAUGAGCCUAGUAAAACCCCCCGGCCAAACUCUCCCCUAAUCCGGACGAUGCUGGGCCAAUUGUGCACCUCUGUAUAGGACUCCUGUUCACAGCUGGUUGUGACACAGCCUGGGAUCAAACCCGGGUCUGUAGUGAUGCCUCAAGCACUGCGAUGCAGUGCCUUAGACCACUGUGCCACUCGGUAGGCAGUAAUACAAUAUAAUAUAAUGUUAUUCUGACAUCUCUCCCUUGUCAGUCCCAGCUGGUUUGUCAGCCACUGCUCUCGCAAGACAAGUGCAUUCUGGACCCAUGUGUUUGUCUGGGACAAUCAAUGUUUGUCUGAGAAAUAUGGAAAUAGGUAUUUGAUUACCGGUACAUAUAGGUCAUGAACCUGCUGCAGUACAGUAGGUCUAGUCUGUCUCACCUCACCCUCCUUCACCUCACCUCACCCCCCUUCACCUCACCUCAUCUCACUCUGUUUCACCUCACCUCACCCCCCUUCACCUCACCCCGUUUCACCUCACCUCACCCCCCUUCACCUCACCUCACCCGCCUUCACCUCACCUCACCCGCCUUCACCUCACCUCACCCGCCUUCACCUCACCUCACCCGCCUUCACCUCACCCCCUUCACCUCACCCCCUUCACCUCAUACCCAACCCAAUCCGUUUACUUUUUGUCACCGUUCAAAGUCACAUCCUUCUCCAAAUCUUUCUAACUACCCCAUAACCUUCUUCUCCCGCUCUGUGUGUGUCUGUAUGCACGCACGUGUCUGUUUUCCCCUUUGUAGUAAGGUGUGCUCUUGCUCUUGUCAGUUAACACAUUCUUGUCUGCAUUGCUGUUCAGGGAGUAUGUUUGAGAAGUGUGAAACUAUGUUUGUUUGUGCUCACGAGACUGAUUGCCUGUGCUCGUGACAGUGCAUGUGUGUGUGUAACCUGGGCUGUUCCACCUGACUGUUCCUCCCUCAGAAUUACUCUGCACCUGAAGAUCUGCCCCCCCCUCACCUGCCCACUCCCAGGUGAGCCUUACCCCCGGAUCAUCAUCACGCCCUCCUGUUUCCCAGUUUGACAUCCAGGUGGAGUCUGAAUACA